AUGGUCCUAUUAAAAACUGAAAUAUUGUUAUCUGUUACCCAGCAGAUCCACCUUUCAGCCUGGUUACAGAUUUCAUUUAUCUGGACUUCUGCCUUGAGGCCCACUCAGCUACCCGUGUUGCAAAGGAAGCCUUUUAUAGCUGCCUGGAAUGCACCAACCGAUCAUUGUUCCAUGAGAUAUAAUGUUACCAUUGACCUCAGAGUGUUCCAUGUGAUUGGAAGUCCAUUUGCCAGAGCAAGAAGACAGAAUGUGACUAUCUUUUAUGUCAACAGGCUGGGAUAUUAUCCUUGGUACACUCCCCAGGAUGUCCCUGUUAAUGGUGGCCUACCUCAGAAUUUCAGCUUGCAAGCCCAUCUGGAGAAAGCCAGCCGUGACAUCAACUACUACAUUCCUGAUAAAGAUUUCACUGGAUUAGCCGUCAUCGACUGGGAACACUGGAGGCCGCAAUGGGAUCGCAACUGGAGCAGAAAAGAUAUUUACCGGCGACAGUCCAGAAAACUAAUUUCUGAAAUGCAAGUGAAUGUUUCUGCGAACACCGUUGAAUAUUUGGCAAAACUUUCCUUUGAGCAAAGUGCUAAGGCUUUCAUGAAGGAGACCAUUGAGCUCGGGAUUAGAAAGAGGCCUAAGGGCCUAUGGGGGUACUACCUGUACCCUGACUGCCACAAUUAUAAUUUCUAUGACCAGAACUAUACUGGUUCCUGUCCAGAGAGUGAGGUUUUGAGGAAUAAUGAACUCUCAUGGCUCUGGAACAGCAGUGCUGCUCUGUACCCUUCCAUUGGCGUGAAGAAAUCCCUUGGCAAUAGUGAAAAUAUUCUGCGUUUUUCACAGUUUAGGGUGCAUGAGUCUAUGAGGAUUGCCUCCAUGACAUCCCAUGAUUAUGCUCUCCCAGUAUUUGUAUAUACCAGACUGGGCUAUAAAGAUGAGCCUUUAUUAUUUCUUUCAGAGCAAGAUCUUGUUAGUACUAUUGGAGAAAGUGCUGCACUGGGAGCAGCAGGGAUCGUUAUUUGGGGAGACAUGAAUUUAACUUCAUCGGAGGUCAGCUGUACAAAGGUGAAACAAUUCAUUGCUUCUGAGUUGGGUUUCUACAUCAUCAAUGUAACCAGAGCUGUGGAGGUGUGCAGCAGGCAUCUGUGUCAGAAUAAUGGGCGAUGUGUACGAAGAAACUGGAAAUCUUUGGAUUACCUUCAUUUAAAUCCCAACAGCUUUCAAAUCAAAGCCUCAGAAGAUCAGGGAUUUACUGUGAGAGGGAAAGCUUCACACUCAGACCUUCAAAUCAUGUCAGAAAAAUUCACCUGCCAUUGUUAUCAAGGGUUUAAAGGAGGUGAUUGCAGGGAAGAUAAAACUUCAGAUCUGACUGAACAAGGAACAGGUGCAGCUGACACAACAGCCGAAGCCAGACAAAAGCACUCUGAGUCACUGCAGCCACCUGGUUUUCUAAGGUUAAGCCUGUUUUGGUUUCUCAGGCUGGGGACUGGACUCAUUAAGAAUGCUUCCUGUGCUCUGCUACCCACCAUAUUAUGUCCUGUAAAGGUGUUGGCAUGUUUAGCUCUUAUUGAGGACAGACAGGGCAAAGUGGCAUCAACUUCAGGUCAGCUGGUCCAGAGGGAACGCUCAGAUGGCAAGCCUGAGAGCAAGGUCAUGGAGGCGUUCCAGGUGGAGUGUUAUAAAGGGCCUUCUAGAAAUGAAGGCAUAGAAAUCAACACAGUAGGGCAGCUGUGUAAAUUACCUGCUGACAAAUUGAAUGGACUGCAGGUGCUGAUUGACAAGGUCAGGGCAAAGAAAAAGAUCGCCUUGCUGGAGUUGCAGCAGCUGGUUGGCCACCUCAACUUUGCAUGCAAAGUUGUGGCACCCAGCUGGGAAUUUGUUAGGAGAUUAUAUGGAGAGAUUCCAUCAGCUUGCUCGGGAAGCCAACCAGUUCCUGAUUCGUAUGCCUGCGGAGGUGUGGCAGAUUGGUGGGCUGAGGCCGACAGGGCAAUACGUUUAGCUCUCACCCCUUCUACCCGGAGAGCUUAUAAGAGGGCAGUAUCCUUACUCUUCUCCACUGGGUACAAAUCCAUGAAUAACGGCAACCCAAGAGUGACAUGGGUGAUGAUGGAUCAGCGGAAAAUCCCUUACCAGUAUGGAGUGUGCAGGAUCUUAUUUACCUCCUCUCCAGACAAAAUGACCUAG